AUGGAUGCAUUUGACGAAGAGAUUUUAGAAAUCAUUGAAAAAGUCCCUGGAAAAAGUACAAGGGUAAUAGCUGCUCAACUAAAUGUUCCUCACUUAAGGGUUUGGAGACAUUUGAAGGAUGAGCUGCUUAAACCCUAUCACUUGACAACGGUUCAAGAGUUAUUGGUGGAAGAUUAUCCUAAAAGGAUUGGAUUUUGCGAUUGGUUGAUAAUAAGAAGAUAAUGGAAAUAUUAAUUUUAUUGGGAAUAUUUUAUUUACCGACGAGACUACCUUCGGUAUAAAUGGAAUAACAAACUAUCAUAAUGGGCACAUUUG